CUCAAUGUCAGUCAGUGCUGAAUACAUUUCAUGAUAUAAACCUAGCGUCGUUUUCUAAUACUCAGUUAUUGUCAGUAGACCUGUUAUAUUUCUGUCAAGAUGUCGGUCUUCGCCAAAUUGUUUGGAAAGAACAAAAAUGAAACAAUCGAACCGACAGAAGCUAUUCAGAAAUUAGUGGAAGUGCAGGGGAUGUUGGAGAAAAAGUCAGCAUUCCUCGAAAAGAAAAUCGAACACGAAUUGGACACAGCUAAGAAGAACGGAACGAAGAACAAGAGAGUUGCCCUUCAAGCGCUGAAAAGGAAGAAGAGAUUUGAGAAACAGUUAGCACACGUAGACGGCACCUUGACCACAAUAGAGUUCCAGAAAGAGGCUCUGGAGAAUGCCAGUACCAACACAGAAGUCCUAAAGGUCAUGGGAGUCGCAGCCAAGGCAAUGAAAGGAGCUCACAAAGACAUGGAUUUGGACAAGGUGCAAGAUGUUAUGGAUGAUAUUGCAGAGCAGCAGGAGGUUGCUAACGAGAUAUCUGAGGCUAUUUCCAACCCUGUAGGCUUCGGAGAGGAUGUGGAUGAGGAUGACCUUUUAGCUGAACUGGAAGAUUUAGAACAAGAACAGUUAGAUGAACAGCUAAUAAAUGUUGGUCCUAUUAGUGAAGGACUGGAUGACUUACCUUCUGUUCCCACAGCAGAACCAAGGGCUAAUAAGAAGGUUGCCGUAGCAGAUGACGAUGAUGACAUGAAGGAACUCGCUGCCUGGGCAAGUUAAAAAUAUCAGUCACUCACCAGUACACACAGACAUUUGCCUUAUGUUGGACUAGUGGUAAACCUAUUGUGGCUGGAAAAGGCUUCAGUCUCUCCAAGUGUUGAAGGUCAUUUAAUUGUCAUACAGAAUUCAGAUUCAAAGAGAAUGUGAUAGUUAGAAUUUUAGACUUACUAUUACUUCAUUUGCAGACAUAUCUUGAGAACCUGCUGUCUGUGAAACUUCACUGUUACUGGUAAAUGAAUGUAAAUAUUUUAUUAUGUUGAUUCAGUAACCAUCAAUUCACCAUGAACUUGUCCUAAAGAAAGUGUGACUCUGUCUAUUAACACAUUUGACUGGUGAUAAACCCAUGUUCUGCUACCUACUAAACAGCUUUAGACUAGACAGUGUUAGUUAUUGGUACUUUAGAGAUUACAGAUAAAAUGUUGAUAAAUAUUUGAUAAGUUAACUCUGAACAGCCAUUUGCACUCUUUCAGUGAAUAAGUGAUGACACAAAAUGAACAGAAAUUUGAUUUAAAGAUAUUGGACAUCACUUGGUUGAUCUUUGUCACCUUUUAAAAAUAAAUAUUUUUUCAUUAUUCUCUUUGUCAUACCAUAAAUAUUUUUAACAUGUUUGUAAUUUUUUAACACGGUAGAUAUCUGUAUUGAACAUUAAGAGAUAAGAAAUAUAAGAGCCAAGAAAUAUUAAAAUAAGAAACUGCUCAUAAAAAGUACGGUAACAGAUAAUGAAUGGAUGUGUGUAUGAAUGUGUAUGUGUGUUUUGAGGUCUGUAUUUAAUUUCCAUUCAUGUAUAACUGUAAGUAGUUUUUUUCUGCUAUAAAUAUCUUGUAUAUUCUGUUACCGACAGUCUAUAAUAUAUAUGUAUAUUUCUAGCACUUUCCUUAAGUGUACAGGAAACCAAUUUGGAUGUAUGUAAGAGAACUUGCAGAUGUAGAUAAAUGUUAAUAUGUCUGUUGUGAUUGUUAUAUCAACAAUAUUGUUUUCUUAAAUACCAAUUUGUGAAUUGUGACUCUUCUACUUUAAAAUACCAGUAAAAAUUGAUACAUUGAAUUAAUAUUGAAACUGUUAUGAAACAGUCUGUUUUAAUUUAUUCAUUAUAACUUUGAAUGUACAAUCUGUAAGGCUGUGCUGUUGUAAUUGAUGGAUACUGUUAUAAGAGCUGUUAAAUCUGCUUGUCUGAUUUUCAGGCCUUGACAACAACCUUUCCCAGAGUGUAUUGUAGACAUCUUAUAAGGGCAAAUGACUAACAUGUACUGACAUUUGACUUCUACAUGUGAAUGUAUGACAUCAACCUCCAUGGUUAUAUGAGUAUAUAUAAUUUAGUUAUUGUUCUAGAGCAGAAAUGUGAAAGGGCAUAGGAAAAUAAAUGAAAAAAGGAAGACCUCUGGGCAUGGAGUUUUGAAAAAAAGAUGAAUUAUACAUGUUUAAAGCACGCUGUAUGAAUUUCAUGAAUUGUUUGGGUUUUGGUUAUUUCAGUUCAAUUUUCCAAUGUAAAAAAGAGUUCUUGCAAAAGCACUACAUAUACUACAUACAAUGGUAGCCAAAUUUAAACAAUGAUAUGUAUUGUUCGGUUCCUACAAUUGUUAGAAUGUGUCUGUCUAGUAAGUGUUGGGAAGUUAUAUUCAUCACAAUAUUCAUUACAAAAUAUAAAAUGUGUUAAACUGAAGUUUGUUUUUUGUAUGUUCCCAUUUAGCAAAAAUAGUUUUCAGUAUUGUCCUUGUAAUAUUUUUUUUAAAACUACCCACAAUGCAACUGGCUGCUUUAUUUGUUGUCAUUUAGUGUUUUGUAUGAUGUCAGAGCAUGACACACACAUGCACACGAAAAGAGAAAAAAUCCUGUGCAAAGUAGUGUUAUAUGAAAUGAGGGUUUUUAAGGCCAUAGUUUUAAGUACCAAUUCAUUGACUUCCAGACAGACAAGAAUUCAUAAAUCAUUUAUAAGAUAUAAAAAACAUUUUGUUUUGUAGAUUGGUAUUCUUGUGAAUUGUUUGAUAAAUAACAGUUUUAUGAUACACCUCUGAAACCCGAAUUGUUCCGUGAAAUCUUGAUGUACCGGUACCUGCUUUCGGUGAUAAAAAGACCUUGGGAGAGAAUGCUGUUUCAUAAUUACUAUUCUGUUAUUCUCUGUUAUGAAAAAUCAAUAGAAUAUAUGUGUUUUUAAUUCAUUUUCAAAUGACUUGCAACAGUUUGAAUUUGCAAACAGUAUAUUUAUGAAUAUUAAUGUUAAGAUAUAUUGAAAUAAAUAUUUCAUCAAAUUCAAUCUAUGUUCCUUGUGAAUUACCAUGAAAGGUUGUGACAAGAAUAGAACUGGUGUUCUUUGUACACGAGUCAGUGUUGAUACUAACUUGCCAGUAAAUAAAGCACCAACAAUGGUGCCUUACGUAAUUCUGGACUUUUUGUCUGUUACAUUUUUGUUUGAAUCCGUUAUACAAAUUUUUUUCACCACAGAUUUUAAUAUUUCGCAUACUGUCACACUGAGCAUUAGAAUCUGUUCUGAAUGUUAAGGCAAGUGUUACUUUCAUUAAAAAUGAACAGAAUUAUUCUAAGAAGUCCGGGUAUAACAAGAUCCUGAAAUCCAAAAUGGCCACUAUUUAAUAACACUGUCUGGCUAUUAAAACAAGUAGUCUGUUAUAGUGGUAAAAAUUGUUUGAAAUAGUAAAUAUACAAGGCCAAAUUAUUGAUUUAUUGGGUUUUUUGUUACAUAGUUUUACGGGUCAGUGAAUUAGAACUUCAACUCCAAAGAAGAUCAAAUCUUCAAGAGGAAUGGCGUGUAUUGCAUGUAGUACUGUAAGGCGUUUUACAUCACCUUAGUAACUGCUGUAUCCAUGGAAAUAUGUGCUGAGACAAGCCUAGGUUUUUAUUAUAGGAUUGAAUUGUCUUCAUUGUUGUUUUUAUAUUUGUUUUCAAUUUCCACAUCUUCAUGCACCUUUGCAGUUGUAGUGUCUUCUUUAAAGAUUUGUUAUUUAUUGUAACUACUCCUCGCAACAUUUCAACAGGUUUCACAUUUUGUUGGAAAUUAUUUGGUUUCAUGUCCAUGUGACAUCGGUGAAUUAAGGAUAGGUUUUGAAUCAUAGAUAGAUGUUUUAUAGGCAUGUAGUUAUAGAAAUUAGGAUACCAUAUUUUUAGUUUAGCCAGCUUUCAGUUGGCUCCAGUUUGUAUGAAUGAAAAAGCCAUUUUCGAACAAAUAUCUAACUUGUUGAUGUAGGUAAGUACAGUUUGUUUACAAUCUUAUCUACUUAUAUUAAAUUUUAUUUUAGAAAACAGAACCAUAUUUGAAGUUGACUAUGGUCAUCAAUGUUGUACUCCACAUUACACCAGAAAUUUGGGACUUUGUUAAAGAGGAAUCCAUGAACUCUAGUAUGUUUUUGAGUUAACAGUUGAUGGACAUAGUCCACAAUGAAUUGACUUAAUCCAAUGACAAUAUUUUUGACGUUACUAACUGUGGACAUUGAUGUUUUUGAGUUAACAGUUGAUGGACAUAGUCCACAAUGAAUUGACUUAAUCCAAUGACAAUAUUUUUGACGUUACUAACUGUGGACAUUGAUGUUUUUGAGUUAACAGUUGAUGGACAUAGUCCACAAUGAAUUGACUUAAUCCAAUGACAAUAUUUUUGACGUUACUAACUGUGGACAUUGAUUUCAGGAAGAUCCUACAUGUCACAACCACACACAUGUAUAAUUUGGUGGAUUACUCCACAGUAACAGUUACUAUUUCAUUCAUAAACAAUUUAUCUGAUCAGAGAAAUGAUAGAUAAGUCCAGCAGGUAAAAUAAGAUGUUUCUCCCAUGUUUGUGGAUUAUUGUGGAGAGAAUGGCUUGUCAUUGCUGACAGCAUCAAGAUAUCAAAAUAUGUUAAUUCACUACCAUUUAUUGGUAUGUAUUGUUAAACUAUAUUCUGAAUGUGAAAUUGCUAAUAAAUCCGUUCUUCAUUAUCA